ACUCUCAAUUGAAUCGAUUCUUCAAGCUUGAAUGUACUGUAUAAGGGUUUUGGCCAGAAUGUUUUAUUUUUACUUUUUAUACUCAAUGUCCACGAAUAGGUAAUUGAUCAACAUUUUCUUUUCAAAUGUUUUAUUGCAUAAAAAUGUUACGUGGCAUUCGAACGUCGCCUAACAAAACAUAUUACAUUUGUUAAUUCACCAGACGCGCUUUGAUGACGUAAAAUGAAACGGACGCGCUGUACCAUCGACGCAUGACGCCCAACACUACUUAACUGGUAAUUUUGGGCUUUGGGUGAAGUCGUUUCGGUUCAAUUUGACGCUUCCCUCCAUAGCCCAUCUCAUUUUAGCCUAGUUUAACGUAGCCUGGCUUGCUCGCCGCUAACAAAGAAACGCGUUUGUGAUCGCUCAGCAAUGGAAAUGGUGUGAAAAUGUGCGCAAGAAGUACAACAGGGUACGAGGAGGAACUUGGGACAAAAGACAACAAAGGGCGACAAUGUCACCAACGACUCGACACCGUUUGCGAGAUGCAGCAGCCAAGAAUUGUGCUUGGCACUGCAGGUUUGCUCACUUUUAUCCUCUCACGUGUUUCCUAACUGCACUACUUUCUGUUGUUCGCAAUAUUCCUGUGUUGUUUUUAAUGGGACUGGUCCUCCAGCAUUUUUUUUAAAGGCAGCCGGUUUUGUCAAGCGCAUUCCAAACGCAAGGUAACGGUUUGAGUUUAGCAUGAUCACAAACACAACAUUUCAAAGGAAAACCAAAUGGAAAAAAAGAAAAUCCACUUAUUUGUUUACGCUGGUAAAAUUUUGUAAGCGGAAGUGAUUUAUUACACAGUAUAAAUGGAAACCGUGCAUGGUCAUGGUACAUAUCGUAACAUAGAUGUAAGUGCGCAAAUGUAAUAAUGCAAGCCUUUCUGAAUGCAUUGUAUGCCCCUUUAGCAAAACUAAAUUAUUUUUUAAUAUUAUUUAAAGGUUUUGAUGAAUGAUUGUCAAAUUGAUAACCCUGACAAAUAGAAUUUUGAGAGCAUUUGCUGUGUGUUGCUCUGAUGAUACAGAGCUUUAUGUUGCAGUGUCUCCUGACGACACUGGGGCUAUUGAUACCCUUUUAAAUUAUAUUCUUUAAGUCAUGCAUGGCACAGUAUUUCCAUCAGCCAAAUUCCUCAUAUGGUUUCUCUAUACUUUGCCCCGUCUUUUUAAAUAUAGUUCAUCGGGGUGUGCAGAGGACCAGAAAGAUGGGCCUCCUUGCAUGAAGGAGGAAGAGCAAGAAGAGAACGUCACCAAGCCGCCAUGCGUUCGUGUCCCCCUUAAGAGUGAAGAUGAAUAUGAAGAUCCCAGUGGGGCCAGCGGAGGGGCGGAGCCUCCCAUCAGCAGGAAGUCAAGCAAACGCAUGACAACAGAAGGUGACGGACAAUCACCAGCAGGCGGACUACUUGCGCCUCUGUCAGAUAAUGACGACGCAACGUCACACUCUCCUUGCACUCAUGAUAAUGUAGAGUCUGAAGGCCAAAUGACAUGUCAUGUAGACAGCAAGCACUGUGAACGUUCUCAGAAUGGGAAAACUUUUGGGUCCACAUCUCGUUUGAAAACGCAUCCGAUGUUGCUCAACGAUGAGAAACCUUACGCAUGCACGGUUUGUGAUGAAGCGUUUUCUCAGAGCGCAGUCUUAUUGAUACACAAAAGAAUGCACAGUGUAGAGAAACCUUUUACCUGCUCCGUUUGUGGCAAAAGGUUUUCUGUGAGGGAAAAAUUAGAACAACACACAAGAACACACAGUGGAGAGACAGCUUUUGUGUGCUCGUAUUGUGGACAAAGAUUCUCUCAGAAGGCAGAUCUAGAACAGCACGCAAGCGCACACACUGGUUCGAAACCCUACUCAUGCACAUUUUGUGGUAAAUUGUUCUCUCACAAGGCAAUUUUAACGAUACACACACGAACACACACUGGAGAGAAACCGUUUGCAUGCUCAGUUUGUGGCAAAAGCUUCACUCAAAAGGGAAACUUAACCGCGCACACAAGGACACACACUGGAGAGAAACCAUUUGUCUGCUCGGUCUGUGGUAAAAGGUUUUCAGUGAAAGGAAAAUUAGCAAUACACACAAGAACACAUACUGGAGCUUUUGUCUGCUCAUAUUGCGGUCAAAAAUUCCCUCGCAAGGAAGAUUUAAAACUCCACACGAUGACCCACGUGGGUUGGAAACCUUAUUUGUGUACAGUUUGUGGUAAAAGCUUCACUGCAAACAAAUAUUUGAGAGAGCACUCCGCAACACACAUUGGUGAGAAACCUUAUACAUGCCUAGUUUGUGGUAAAGGUUUCCUUAAUAAGGGAAAUUUGACAACGCACACAUUUAUCCACUCUGGGGAGAGACCUUUUGCCUGCUCAGCAUGCGGGCAAACAUUCACUCGGCGAGACCAUUUGGCAAACCACACAAGGACGCACACUUCUGAGAAACUUUAUACGUGCGCAGUUUGUGGUAACCAUUUCUUUAAUAAAGGACAUUUGACAACACACACCAGAAUACACGCUGGAGAGAGACCCUUUGCCAUGUUAAUGUAGACGUUUACAUGUCAGGGCGUUGAACUGUAAGUGGAUGUUUCUAGGUGUCUUCGAGAAGGGUUUGCCUGAGCACUUGUACUGAAACAUGUAAAGCAAUGCAUCUGUUUUGUGCAAUGUUUUCCUUACACGCAAAUCAAAAACUUGGACUCUUGAUGUCAAUGAAUAAAAUGCAACUCUGUAAACAGUGAGUCACUAAUUCGCUGGGCGCCAUCUGUUUUGUCAAAUAGU